UGAAAGUUGAAGCAUGGUGUUUCCCCAUCCACGGAUUUGAUUUCUCUAUCCUUACUGAGGACAAGCUGAUCUUUUUCCACAGCGUCAUUUUCUGUAGUCCCGAGGGAUUUGACCCUAAUCUUCCCUGUUGUCUCCAUGUUCUUUGAAAACAGGGGAAGAGUUGUAGUUGUGCACUCAUCAAACAAUAGUGAUCACUCGAUACGGUUACACACGAGUUCCUAUCCUGUUUAAGCGUCCGUAUCGAAACUCCCCUCAGCUGUUCCUGGAGUUUCACCUUUGUGUUCAUUCCCUGUUCAGACGUAGACAGUGCAAGGUCUCUUGCAAGAACGCGCUCAAUUCUCGACCAAAAAGCACAUGAUGUACUCGUUGACUAAUUGGAAGAACCAUAACAUUGUUCCAUGAAGAUGUCAGUACUCUCAGAGGAUCUUUUAUGACGAAACCAGCGAAUGUUCAGUGAAGAAGAAGUCAUAUCCAAGCCAAAGUUAUCCGAAUGACAAUGGAUCGUCAGAACAGCCGCCGAAGAAGUAGUGAUGAAACUUCACUGGAAGAAAGAGAACUCCCUAUGAACACAGGUUCUAUUCAGACGGCCCCUGCAGAUGAAUCCACUUUGAUAGCCACCUAUUUCGAUGAAAGGAUCCCAAUACCACAAGAAGAGGAUGGCGGAAGAUUCGGAGGUUUCAGCUUCCGAAAGCUUUGGGCCUUCACGGGCCCGGGAUUUCUCAUGAGCAUAGCUUACUUAGAUCCUGGCAACGUUCAAUCCGAUCUUCAAUCCGGAACAGUAGCUCAAUAUCGCUUACUUUGGGUCCUUAUGUGGGCCACUUUCCUUGGUUUGCUAAUGCAGAGAUUGGCCGCCAGAAUUGGCGUGGUCACGGGAAAGCAUUUGGCCGAGAUGUGUCACCGUCAAUAUCCCAAGGUUCCUCGGAUCCUUUUGUGGAUCAUGGUGGAGAUUGCUAUCAUUGGAUCCGACAUGCAAGAAGUCAUUGGAACCGCCAUAGCCAUUUACCUGCUGUCCAAUAAGGCAAUCCCUCUCUGGGGCGGAGUUCUUAUCACGGUGGUGGAUACCUUUACCUUUUUGGGCUUGGACAAGUACGGCCUCAGAAAGCUGGAGAUCUUCUUUGGAAUUCUCAUCACCACCAUGGCCAUAUCGUUUGGUUACGAGUACGUGGUCGUUGCUCCCGACCAAGGGAGUGUUGUGGAAGGUCUCCUCGUUCCGUGGUGUUCAGGAUGCGGUAACAAAGAGCUGUUGCAGGCAGUUGGAGUGAUCGGAGCCAUUAUCAUGCCUCAUAAUCUGUAUUUGCACUCCGCUUUGGUCAAAUCCAGGGAUGUUGAUCGUCGCAAACCAAGUGCAGUACGUGAAGCAAACUACUACUUCAUCAUCGAGUCGAUUAUCGCCCUUUUUGUGUCGUUUCUUAUUAAUGUAUUUGUCGUCAGUGUGUUUGCUGAAGGGCUGUACGGCAAAACUAAUGCUGAUGUCCACGAGAUUUGCUCCUUGGUCAACAACACCCAUGCCGAUGUAUUCCCGUCCAAUAACCAAACCGUCGAAGCAGAUAUCUAUAAGGGAGGCGUGUUCCUUGGCUGCGAGUUUGGCAUAGCGGCAAUGUACAUUUGGGCUAUUGGUAUCCUGGCCGCUGGUCAAUCCAGCACAAUGACGGGCACGUACGCUGGUCAAUUUGCCAUGGAAGGAUUCCUCAACCUGAAAUGGAAGCGAUGGCAACGAGUCUUGUUGACACGAACUGUGGCCAUCCUCCCGGCUUUCUUUGUGGCCUUUUAUGAACAGAUCGACGACAUGUCAAGGAUGAAUGACCUUCUCAAUUGCUUAAUGAGUUUGCAACUCCCGUUUGCUCUGAUUCCGACGAUCGCGUUAAGUGCGAAUAGAAAGUUAAUGGGCGAGUUUGCGAAUAGUUACGCAUCAAACAUUUUCUCCAUUUUUGUUUCCACCGUCAUCAUCGCAGUCAACAUCUACUUUGUCAUGAACUACGUGACCAAUCUCGGAAUCACAAAUGUCGUCUUCAUUCUAGCUGUGAGUGUCUACGGAAUACUCUAUCUUAUAUUUUGCGCAUACCUAACGAUUGACAUGACUUUGAAUAUGGGAAAUGGAGGCUUGAUUCUUAGCCGAUUUCCUGGCUUGAGAUCAUAUUUCAGUGCUGACUUCGACUAUGAAGAUCUAGCUGAACUCUCUGAAUAACGUGACCGAAGUUCCACUCUGAAAAUAAAUUAUCAGCCAGUUA